AUGGUGCCGGAAAUGCUCCACCCUGAAGCCCCCAAGAGCGCAUCACUGCAAAAAAUGUCAACGGUACUAUUAAACUUCUCCCUAUUAUGGAAAAUAAGUGUUUUUGCUGAUACGUCUCAUAGAUGCGUGCCAAAAAUGGACCACCAUUGCCCAUGGACAUGCAACUGCGUCUCUCAUUUCACCUUUCCGCAUUUUAUGCGAUUUUUGUUCUAUGCCGUGGUUUCCAUCAUCUAUCUUGAAUCCUUUAUCUUCACGAGAAUUGGCGUUAUUUGGGACCAAAGGACACUUCCAAGUUAUCUUGGCCCUAGCAUUCCAGCACUGGCCCACCUGUUCGUUCUUGUCGUGACCAACAGUUUAACACUAUUUGCUCUGGGAAUUCUAUUGGUUCGUACAGUGUGGUCUUUGGGUGCAAAUGUCACCACAAUCGAAUCAUGGGAAAUCGAGCGUCACAGUACCCUCGUGCGUCGAGCACGCUACUUUGGCGGUCAGCUUGACGGUCCAGAUGGUAUAAAAAUCACAAUCAAGAAGCAAGAAUUUCCAUAUGAUAUUGGUAUAUUCCAAAAUAUCAGAGACGGGAUGGGCGGAAGUUCGAAUAUACUCAGCUGGUUCUGGCCGUUUGCAGCGACACCUGACAGGAAUUCAGGGCUCGAUUUUGAAGUCAACGAAUUCGAAGAUCCCAAUCUUUCCUGGCCACCUCCAGAUCCAGAUCGUAUUCCACGCAGGAUUCAUCCAAUCAACCCAGCCACAGACCCAUUUACUAUUCCUCGAUUCAGCUCCACCUCUGAUGAAAUCGAAGCCUUCAGGCAACGCCAGGAAGAAGACAUGGCCCGGCGAGGGCUCGACGAGACUGCCACUAUCCGACGACGCAAGAAAUUCCACGAAAGGCAUGACUCUCGCGGUCAAAGGGAGAUAGAUGAGGAAGAGGAAGACGAAGACCGCUUAGAGGAUGAUAAUGGGGAUGACAACUCUGACACAUACGACUAUAUCGAGGUAGACGAGGGCGAAGAAGCAUGGCGGGACUCUGACGGUCAAAGGCUGGGUGACUAUGGGGUUGACGAGGAUGUUGAGUUUUACGAUGAAGAUGAGGUGCCGUUGUCCGUUGUUCGCGAAAGGAUAAAGGCUGGCAUUUGA